AAAGCGGUCCGGGAUAUUGUAGGGGGGAAAAAGACGAGAGUACAGGUAGAGGAAAAUCUUCGAAAAAGGAGGGUGGCCGAAGAGUGAACCGGUGCAAAACCGAAAAACUGGGUGUUUCGAACCCCACCACUGCCACUUGUGUAGUAUUUUGUGGUCGCCGGCAUAACUUUUUUUUCUUCCUCACCUUCCUUCUUUCCCAAAAUCGGGAAACAGGUUCGAAGUAGAUCGAAGACCCCUUUCUAGACACACCCCCUUUUCCGCUUUCACAAGGAUUAAAACACUUCUCUAAAAUUACCUGGCGAUCUUCAUCAUCCUCGAAAAAUUCGAAGAGGUGUGGAAAAGGUUAUAAAUCGUCGGGGAUAGUCUUUGGACCACACUGCAAUGGUCUUUCGAAGACGUCAUCUGGACCAUUCGGCCACCAUCAUCAUCAUCAUUGGUUGUUGAAAAAAAAAUUAGGAGAUUAUAAAGAAGAAAUUUUAUAGGAUCCCGUGUUUCUUUUCGUUUUUUUUUCUUCCUUUUUGUUGGAUUUUUCUUAUCGGUUGUAUACCCGUAAAAGCACGUCCGCUACGGAUACUUAUCAGAUAAGAGUGGAACGCACCCUUUUUGUCGGCCAUGGGAUGUGCAAUGAGUGCCGAGGAAAGGGCUGCUUUGGCUAGGAGUAAGCAGAUUGAGAAAAAUCUGAAAGAAGAUGGAAUCCAAGCAGCCAAGGAUAUUAAAUUGCUCUUGCUCGGAGCUGGUGAAUCUGGUAAAAGCACCAUUGUCAAACAGAUGAAAAUUAUUCAUGACAGUGGUUUUACGCAAGAAGAUUUUAAACAGUACAAGCCCGUUGUUUAUAGUAACACAAUACAGAGUAUGGUAGCCAUUUUGAGGGCGAUGCCUAACUUAGGCAUCGGAUUUGGUAAUAAUGAGAGGGAGGCUGAUGGUAAAAUGGUAUUCGAUGUAGUAUCGAGAAUGGAAGACACAGAGCCAUUUUCAGAAGAACUUACUCUGGCAAUGAAAAGACUCUGGGCCGACACAGGUGUUCAGGAAUGUUUUGGGAGAUCCAAUGAAUACCAGCUCAAUGAUAGCGCCAAAUAUUUUCUGGAUGAUUUGGAUCGCUUAUGCAAGAAGGAUUACAUGCCAACAGAACAAGAUAUUCUCAGAACGCGAGUAAAAACUACUGGAAUAGUAGAAGUUCAUUUCUCAUUCAAAAAUUUAAAUUUCAAGUUAUUUGAUGUAGGCGGCCAGCGAUCGGAAAGGAAAAAAUGGAUCCACUGCUUCGAGGACGUAACUGCCAUUAUCUUUUGCGUAGCGAUGAGCGAAUAUGAUCAAGUAUUGCACGAAGACGAGACGACUAACCGGAUGCAGGAAAGUCUGAAGCUCUUUGACUCUAUUUGUAAUAACAAGUGGUUCACAGAUACUUCGAUUAUCCUCUUCCUCAACAAGAAAGAUCUGUUCGAAGAAAAAAUUCGAAAGUCUCCUCUCACCAUCUGUUUCCCCGAAUACACCGGUGCUCAGGAUUACGGUGAAGCAGCCGCCUACAUACAGGCUCAAUUUGAGGCAAAGAACAAAUCCACCACCAAGGAAAUCUACUGCCAUAUGACCUGCGCCACAGACACUACCAAUAUUCAAUUUGUCUUCGACGCGGUCACCGAUGUCAUCAUCGCCAACAACCUCAGAGGAUGCGGUCUCUACUGAACACUUCCUUUGUUUUGCUCAGUCCCUUUACUAUUGCUUGUCUUACACUCCAGUCCUCCUCCUCUUUUAUAUUGUACGCCCCCCUGUCCGAUUCCAAAUACAGGACCUUUUGUUUUUAGUUCCACUCCGGGAAAAUGGCCGCGACUUCCGCAGUACUACUGCCAGAAGUAAAUUCUAAACACAAAUGAUUUCCCUCGGCUUUUUCUUCGCCAACGAUCUUUAAGUUCCUUAACUAAACAGGAACUGUUCCGCUUCCUUUCGGGAAAAAAAUUGCCUUUUGGUGUAUUCUGUUGUUGCACAGGUGUGUAUUUUUCGCCUCAGAAUUUCUCACCCCGUGCAUUUGAGAGUUUUAUACACGUAAUCUCGACCAUUAUUGUCUGAAGCACAAUUUUCCGUUUGAAAAUUAACCAAAAAAUAAGUUCUCGUUUGUUUAUUAUGGAAAUGAAAUAGUGAUGCUUUGUGAUUCCACUCUUAAAGCCAAUAAAUUUGGGGAUAUACCAAAUUUGUGGUACUUGUUUUACAACUGUAAAUCACUCCCCAAGAACAUUUAAACGCAGUUGCAGCAUCUUAUGCUAUCACAAAUUGUUGUAGCGUACUGAGGCUUUUGUUUUGGAAAUGAAAGACUAAAUCCUUUCCUUGCUUUAUUUUCGCGAAUUUAAUACUAAGUCAUAAUUGCAUUUAUAUAUGAAUGUUUCCCCAAAACCUAACAGAUAAGGUAAUAGAGCAUGGAAUGGCGCUUGGUAGCGAGCACAAAAAGAUUCUAUAAGAGGGCAACAGGUUUUGAGAUAGAAAAGUUUAUACAAAAAGUCUCUGUCACAUGUUUUGAGCCCCAAACUUGUGAUGUGAUUUUUUGUGGGAAGUUUGAAAGGUUAAAGAACGAUAUCUAACUAUUUGUACGUUUAAUCCAAAUAGAUUUGAUCGUUGCGCAUUCUUGGAAUGACGGUACAUGUCGCAUAGAUGCGAUUGCGUCAUUACGAAUACCCUGUCGAAUAUUAUUUGUUUAAAUCUGUUUUUCAUUUUGUGGACGUUGUGUAUUAUAUAUAAAUAUAUGUAUUUAUCUGGAAAAUUUAGAUUCUAGGAGCCGCGAAUAACUCUCGGCACCAAAGUGUAUGGUGGGGAAGAAAGCAGUGUUAUUCUUCCUCGAAAAAAAAUAUUCCGUUGUGGAUUGGAAGUCUCCAAUUAGGCGGAUUUUGCAAACGACCGAACUGUUCCACAAAGGCUUUGCAAAUCCGCCAUUUUCUGCCUAACUAAAAAUGAAAUAAGUCUUUUAAUACUUACAGAAAAUCUUCAUGACAAGAAACAUUCGAACUCCUACCCACUAUGCUCUCAUAUUACAGAUUUAUGGACACAGUGAAAAAUAUAUAUAUAUCUACCAUUUAAGUGCAAAGAAGAAAGAAAAAUCCAAACAAAAGUUUAAAAAAAUAAUAAAACGAUCGCAAUGAUGUUGUUGUAUUCACGUAUAAUCUAUGUGUUUGUCUUUUGAAUGCUAUGACAAAUUUCUGUUAAUGUAUUAACUAAAGAUGUCACUUCUAUGGAUAUCUUAGGUUCCUUUAUUUAUUUAAUUUAAAUUUUGUGUUAUCUUAAAAAGUUUUUAAUGGAAUUGGAUUCAAUAAAAUCCAAUGUGGAAUAAAAGUUCUAAUAUCUGCCCAAUAUUUAGUCACAGUUCUAGAAGAAUAUCUUAAUAUAUGCAAUAUUUCAACCAACCAAGUGCAUUUUUUUUCUCAAUUCCGUUUCUUAGUUAAACGCUAUCUAUUUUGAUAAUUACUAUACAACAUCUGAAACUAUGCAAGCUGAAAGCGAAUGUGAAACGUUUUAAUUGGCAAUCAUAUCAGGAUUACUUGAAAUCAUUACGGUUGAUAACUAAACUAAGUUCUAUGCAAAAACUAUAAUUAAUUUAAAUAUCAAUCGUUUGCUAGGUUGGAAACAUAAAAUAAUGCAUUCAUAGGACCAUUACUUGUGUAGAUCAGAAACAUGAAUGCACCAAUAGUGGGAGAAAAAAAAACCAAGUGUUCAACCUUGAUGGAACUGUCAACUUUAACAGCUUUAACUUCACGGCUUUAUUUUUCUGGUAUGCAGUAUCUGCAAUUUUUAAAAUAAUUAUAUGAUUAAAAGUAAGCGUACAAGUUCGUGCAGUUUUUCUGCAUGGAAAACGCUGUAGUGGCAUUACUGAUCCGUACAAGUAACUGGCUUGAAUUUUCGGCCAAAAUAUUAGAUCUUUUACUAAUUAAUUGAUAUUAAUAACCCAAAUUAGCAAUCUUUUGAAUCCAUUUCAAAGUAAUAUGAACACAAAUAGCUAGAUAUAAGAACAAUAAUGCUAAAGAUUUCCGUUAUAAAAACGGUAAUUAUUAGAAAACAUUAAUAAAAUUCUCAUUUCUUUUUCAAUUUUUGUAUUUUUAAGUAUUGGAUUUACCGUCAAAAAAGAUCUCAAAAAUGGUAUACAUUAUUUUUUUUGUUAGGAUAUUAUUGACCAAAUUAUAAUUAUUAAUUUUAAUGCUUUUCAGUCCAGAAAAUCUUGUAAAGAUCAGUAAGUGAUUUAGGAGUUAAAAAAAAAUUAACUAAACUGAGUUAAGAUUCACUUGUAAGCAAGAUAAACCGCUUAUGUGAAUCAUUUACAAAUUAAUCUGAAAACAAUAAAAAAAACUGAAACACAAAAUGGCGUGUAAGGCGUACCAAACGAUCUCCUGUAAAUAAGGCACUGGAUGUCAUUUAAAUCGAUGAUAUAGUCCUCCGGGAGUUGAAAUAUCGUAGGAAAGGCCAUUGCUAAUGUGUAAAUAUCGACAAAAUAGAUUGAUUAAGUUUCCUUUUUAUAUCAUUCAACCAUCGCUCGUCUUUUGUGUACUUUUAAUUUUUCUAAAAUUUUCACAGCUGAAUCCGAUGCUCAAUGUUCUUUAGUGAGUAGGACUACUACCAACAGCAAGAAAAUUCAAAUGCCAACCGCAGCACUGCAGUUAUGAUUAUUUGGUUUGAGUGAAGAAUGACGACAAACAUUAACUGAAAGUUUGAUGUUUAUUCAAGGAACUACGAGUAUUUUCGUUUUUUUUUUAAUUCUUUUAGGCUUCGUUCGGGAAGUUUCUUUUUUCAUCAACGGUUGUUAGAACUCCAAGUCUGGGUGCUUCUUCAAUUCCUAUAAGCUUUUUAAUCCAGAGUUGCAGCCUGGAACUUCAUGAACAUAGUCAAAACCACGUACAUUACGAUGAACUUCGUGUUGACUUUGACAUAAAAAUGACACGAAGUAAAAUAUCUAAGCGCUGUUAUGUCAUGUGUCAUUAAUUUAUUUCCUCUUUUGUGUUUUCUUUUGUUUUACGUCUGGCGUUCAAAAGCUUUCCAAUGAUUUAAUUUAUUGCUGGAUUUCAUUUUAAUGUACAUGCAAGCAUAUAGUUUUGUGCAAUAACAGCUGGAUUAUCGAUGUCGAUGUGCAUAGAGAUACAAACAGCUGUACUUAUAAGGCAAAGCGGGAGACAGGAAAUUGUUUGAUCUGCUUUGCCUUAUUUUAUCUGUAAUGUCUAUUAAAAGAAUUUCUAAUCACAAA